AGCCGCAGAAGACGCUGCUGCACUGAUGAUGAUGGCACGGACAGCAUCGUAUGUUCCUAAAACAGAUCCAAUGCCAUCAUUCAGCCUUGGCUUGACUAAUUCAAGCCAAGAAGAAGCAGCAACGCAGGAGGGAGCGUCAACGCAAGAUGGAGGGAGGGCAAAAACUCCAAAAACCCCAAAACUGCUAGAACAAUUAGGGGAUCUGGUACAAAAAAUUGCAAGUGGUGGGAUGACAACAAAAGAAAAAAGUCCACAGAUUCUAAAGGAGAGUGGCGGAGAGAGUUUCGAGAAGUUUGAAACUCCUGUGAGGACGAAUGAAGAUACUUCUGACAUGAAAGAGAAAUGCUACCUCUGGACCAUACGAGUGAAGACAUACGCAGAUGGACUAACUAAUGAGUUUGACACCGUCUGCACACUCCAAGCCCAAGAUAGAUACAUUUUGUCAAAACUCCACCUUGCAUCACUCGCACCUGAAACGCAUAUAGAAGCUGAGAUUGUCUCUGCCAUGUGCUUUAUCCUAAACCAGUAAAAGAUUAAAAGGUUUCAAGAAGAAGUAUACUGUCUCCCCCCUGAUAUUCUGG